UGCCGGUCGUGUGUGAACGUCAUCGUGUCGUCGUCAUCCGUCUCUUAUUUAUUUAUUAUUUUUCGUUUCUCCAAAAAAAAAACAACAACCAAAAAAGUAAAAAAACAACAAACAAAAAAAAAAACCGGCUAAAUGGUUGGGCUCGCGUUUCAAAAAUAUUCCAAUAACAAAAAGAGGACCCAAUAAAGAAAGAACAACAAAAUUGCACAAAAACCAUUGAAGAAUUUGCAAAUUUACCAGAGUAACAAUUGGAAGCCUCUCUGUCGAAUUCCAAAAACCAAUGUUCUCCUCUUCUCCUCCUCUUUUUUAGUUCUUUUUCAUGUAACCACGACCGACGAGCAAAAAAAAACGUAACCCAAUCUAGAGCCCUUUUCUACUACCUUUAAUUAUAAAUUCACACAGCAGAUGCCGACGACAGUCUUCCCGUCGUCCUCCGUCGGCUCCUCGAAAGAAGACACACGCAGCUUAAAAAAAAAGUAGUUUAUCCAGUUUUUCUGUGUUGUUAUUUCGUUCGCCUUCCUCGACUAUCGUCUCAACUCAACUCCUCUCGUUGUCGUUUCGUUCUUCUUGUUGUUGUUGUUGGGUUUCUCCGUGUUCCUUUGGUUAUUUUUUUUUUACAAAUAUUUUCCCUCCUCUCGUUUUUCUGUUUUUUUCAAAAAAGUGAAGAAGUGAAAAAGGUGCUUCUACUCUGCCACCACGAACCACAAAUCCCGGGAUUCAACUUAAAAAUCCGUGGGGAGUAGUUUUUUCUCUCUCUCGAAACUAAAAAGUUGAUUCGAGUCUUUUUAAAUCUUCAAGUUAAUUUGGAAGGAAUAAAUCGUGAAUUCUUGUGUUUCUUAAAGAAACUUGGUGCUUCCCAUUUUCUUGUUUAUAAUGAGUUGAUAUUUGAUUUCGAGAGAACGUUGGGAAUUAGAAUAUAAUGCCAUUCGUUCAACGUGUUAUUCAACCAACUUAUUUGUCGCGCUGUUCUCAUGGCAGCAGCAAUCGCAUUCCUCCUGGUCCUGACCAUCAACAUCAUCGUCCAAGGACGACAACGGGUGCGGUCGUUGCACGCCAAUCCAAAUCUACUAUCCAAAACACUGCCACAACCAAUGCCAACUCUCCUCUUGUUGUUGCUACAAAAACAACAACAACAACAACACGAGUUCUUGUGCAUUCCAAUGCUGCUUUAGCAAGUGUUGAACCAUCUGUUAGCAACAAUGUUGUUGCAACACUUUACAAUCCAGAAGAUGAGGAAGAUGCUUCAUCUUGUUCACAUAGUCCACCAUCAUCUUCAUCCACGUCGAAUUGUUGUUGCAAUUGUUGUUGUAGUGGUGUUAAACAGCAUCAACAACAACAGAAGCAACAUUGUUGCAAGAAUAAUGUUGCUAGCAUUCAUAAUAAUAAUAAUAACAACAACAACAAUAAAAGUAAAGGUACUAUAAUUGGAAGCUGUUGCAAUGGCAAAACAAAUUCGUUAAGCAGCUUUAGUUAUUCCACUGCAGAUAUUGAUAUCGAAGUAGUUGACGAUGAAGUUGAUUCGUCGAGUGGACCAGUUCCAUCGACGACGACAAAUAUUGGCAACAAUCAGAGUCAUAGCCAGAGACUGAUAUCGAAAUGUCGAGGAACUGGAAUUGGAGUUUCAUUGGAGGAGGAACAACAGCGACUUAAAGCAAGUCGAUGUGGUGAAAGAGAAGAAUAUGAAAAGAACGAUGAGGAGGAAUUCCUUACAAGUAGAAGAAGCCACAAGAGAUCCGGUUAUGAUGAUGAUGGUGGCAUUGAUUGUUAUUCCUCAUGCAAUGGCAAAGGGAGUAAAGUUGAUGGAAUCUAUAACCAUCAUGACCACGAAGACGAUGUUGAUGAUGAAGAAGAUGAAGAUGAUGUGGAUGCUUUAGCUGCUUCUGAUGAAGAUGAUGUUGCUGUUCCUUCAUCGACUAUAAAUCAACAACAACCAUCACAGCCAAUGAUAGUAACUGGCUAUGAAUUGGAAUCAAUCAGUAAUAUAACUUUAAGCAAUGCAUUAAGGCAAUUGGCUUCUUUAGUUAUUAUUGCUAGCGAUAUAUUUCAUAAUCUCAAUAAGGAGCUACAGAAUGUUGGCGAUAAAACGAGAAGUAUUAAAACUAAGAUUGACUUGUUGGACAAAAAAGUCAGUGGUUUUGAUCCUAAAUUGGUCACAGUUCCUGAGAGUGACCUGGGAACAUUCGCGCAACGUAAAACUCAUUACCAUUGCGACAAGUCAUUCCAUAAAGAGCUCUUUACCAGCGAAACUCGUCCUACCAGCGUUAAAGUGCUAUACGAGGAAGCAGCUAAGAUCUCACAAGAGUGCCGGUUACAGGCGUCUCGAAAUGACACCACAACGGCAGCAGGAGCAGCAGCAGCGGCGGCGGCGGCGUUGGACAACAACUGCACAGGUGCGCUCGACGAACUGGUUUGUACGCCUGUUUUUGGAAAGGCUAAUCGCAAGAUGAGAACUAGAAUUGAUGCUGAAAUUGAAAUAAGAUUGCCGGCUGGUAUUGAAGACCUUCGAAAAUGGACAUCGUCCGAGGCCCUUGGCGAUGUAACAGUAACUCCCGAUUGUAUGAAUCGUGUUGAUGCAUCAAUAAGUACAUCGAUGGUAAUUGGUGAUAAUGGAGUACUAACGCCAGCCCUAUCUCCGUCCGUGUUAUCAGCUGAUGCUGUUGACGCCAUUUAUUCCAUUAAUAAUAGUAAUGAUAAUUUGCAUAAUAUUCCUAAUGACAUAAACAAAGAUGUGCCUUUAAACCAUCGACUGCCUUCCCCGGAGGAACAAUGUAAAUUGUUAGCUUUAAGAUAUCCUGCCGAAGUAAUCUCAGUGGACACAUCUGGAAAACGUUUUGAACGCAUGUGCCUGGCCAGAAAAUCAACGACAGGUUGUGCCCUUGGCAUGUCCGAGAGUAAUAAUUUGAACGAUGACGUGCAAACGGUCAGUCGUCGUUCGAGAUCACGUAAAGUUCGUGGCAAACGAAGGAAUACAAUUGCAGGAAUUGAUCAGAAAGAGAUUCAGGAUGCAGCUAAUGGGACGGAUACCCAUGAUAGUAGCGGUAAGAAUAAUUUAGCAGAAUCUACAACAACUCCAAGUGACACCGUCAAUCCAAAUGAAGGUUAUAAUAUUACCACAAAUGACAAUGAAAAAAACAAAUUUGGUCGAAGCAAAUCGAGCGAUAUCUUAAAAAAAGAAUCUGUUGCCUUGCCAUAUGACAAAGGCAAAAGCACUCUGACACGUUUGAAUUCCCUCAAACAAUGGGGUCGUAAUCGUUUUAAAUUUAUAACACCCAAUAGCGGUAGUAGUAAGUCAUCGUCAUCAGGACAUCAAACUAAUACCAAUAAAUCAUCGCCUCCAAAAUCAGGUUCAAGUCAAACCACCACCACCGCCGAAAUUGACAUCGAUGAUGAAUGCAUUGUUCACGAACUAACAAGCAAAAAGAAUGAACUUUUCGAAAAGGAUAGCAGAUUUUCGCACGAACGAAAACCUUCUUAUUCCUCCUCAGAGAAGAGCGUUUCAUUGGCCAGUAAUAAUGGCAAAAUGUCGCAAAAUGGGGUUGCACAAAAACUAAUUGCACUCGGCAGCAGCGGCAAUGUCAAACUACGCGAUACCUCGUCCUUGAAUCGUCAACGACGCAACGGUAUCAAUAACAAUGGCCAUAACAAAGAUGAACCACAUUCAUCCAGUGGCAAUUGGAGUGCCAGUUCCGAAUCAGGUCGUACAUCAAUUGGUAGCGAAAUAACCAUACAACCUAAAUCAAGUGCCUCCAAUACAUCUUUAAAUGUAAGUAGUUUCCAUCCUGGCAGUGGUCCACCAAGUUCAAUAAUAAGCCGACGACGAUUUUUAAACACAUCGGCAUCGAGCAGUGUAACGAGUGAAGGUACUGCCACCCCAGACUUGCAGGUAAAUGACGACGACGAGACUAGCUCAGCAUACUCCUGCGACACUGAAGGCUAUUACACCUCCUUCCACAUGGAUUCCGGUCUGCGAACAUUGAAAGAAGAGGAACCAAUGUCGCCAUUGCAGACAAGUUCAACCCAUCCCAGUAAUUAUUCUUUUGGCAGUGUAUCAAAUCAAACCGUUCUAACUGCUGAAAAUGAAUACGAACUCUUUGGCAGAGGUUCAACAUCCACAACGACCAGUUCAGCUGGCACCGUCUGUACCACUCUCCUGGUCAACGACCAUGGACCAGAUGUACCCGAACGCAUUAGUUCUCUUUCGAAAUUGAACAAUAGUGCUAGUACAAGUACACUCGAAAGGAGUUACUCAAGCAGCACUGUGGGAAGUACAUUAGAACGAACUGGUACAAUCAAAAGAAAUGUCUUGGCAGUGGUUGCAAAAGAGGUUGCGGAAGAAAAACACAACAACACUGACUCUUCGCCGGCAAGUCAAGAAAGUGAUUUUACCUUUGAACAGCGCAUUGCCGAACGUUCUGCACAACCUUUACCCCUGCCACAACAAUGUUCUGAAGUUGAAUACUCUGAGAGUUCAGAUUUGGAAGGUGUGGAACGUAUUGAAAGAAUCAAACAAAAGACUGCCAUGACUGCCAAACGUAUACCAUCAAUGUGUAUAAUCACACCAUCUACAAGUGAUGAUGAAAAUAUCAAAGAAACAACACCAUCCACCGUUAAUAAUUAUGCAACCCCAUAUGCUACAAUUGAUAUGAUAGAUUCCACAUCAUCAAAAAAAGAUCACAAUCUAAACCACUUGAAACGUACUCUUCAAUAUCCACUUCAUAAUAUGCUUGAUAAAUUAAAAGUUGUCCUUCCAAAUAAUAAAAGAAAAUCCCCUAUAAAACUGCAAGAACAGGACGAUGCUAAUAUUUAUGAUGCGGCAGGUGAAUAUGUUACUAUUGCCGACAUAAGCAAUAACAAUAAUAACAAAAAAACAGGAGGUAAUCUUGGAAUUUACUAUUCCAAUGACAUAGUUCGUCGCAAUUUAGAUCCCACAACUUUGCCUUCUUCUUCCUCGGGAAUUCUUCCCGGUAGUGAAUUCCAAAAGAAAGAAUAUAUAUCACUGAAUGAAUUGCCAUGCAAUAUUCGCCGCAAUUCGCAGACGAAAGGCAAUAACAUACUAGCGCAUCCUUUUGCACUUUAUACCGCCGCCGACGAUGAUGAUGAUGUUGAUGAUGAAAAAAUCAAUAGUCAGUUGUCGUGCGCAGCAUCAGGAAAUGACGACACAAAUCAAGUAUCAUCCCCAAGUAGAAGUAGCAGCAGUAGCAAAAGAGUAAAAGAGGAUGAAAUAAUAACAUCACCAUCCACAUCGUCGGCGGUAAUAUCAGCAACGGCGAAUAAGGUUGGUGGUGCGCGUGUCAAAAUGAAUUCGCAGGGGAAAGCAAUUUACGAUUCAGAUAGUUUGAAACGUCGCAAAGGAGCGCAUACAACAUUCGCACCUGGACCGUACGUAAAAGAAACCGAAAGUGCUCUAUCGUCCUUUAACAAUCCAAACCAAGACCAACAGCAUCAUCGCCAUCUACAUCAUCAGAUCAUUAGAAAUAGUAACGACGACGUUGACGCUCCUCCACCCAGUGAAAGUUUGAUUAUUACAAAAACUAAUAAUAUCAAUGGCGGUUUUGUCAAUAGAAAAGUGCCAAAUGUGCGACCAAUAAUAAGUUCCACAUCGCAGCAUCGACCACCGUUAAUAGUUAAUAUGACGACAAAGUGUCUAGAUAGACCACCGCCUCCAUUACCCCAAACAAUGGCAACUAUAAUGGCUCCAAUGCCAUCAUCAUUAUCUUCCACUUCAUCAUCAUCAACUUUAACGUCAUCUUCAAAUUCGUCAUCGACAUCAACAUCUUCGACAGCAUCAACCAGUACAGUAUUAGAUGAAGGUUAUCAUCGUUUCUCUAAAAUCGGAACACCAUUGACAACAGAGAAUCCAACAUCAACAACAACUCAUAAUCCUUCAAUGGAUAACGGUAUUGCAUUCAAUCGUAAUGCACCAGUUUAUUGGACAUUACAAAACCGUCGUCAAAGUAAGCCAUCACCAACAACUGCUGGAACCUGCAGAGAUGACUUAUAUGCGGUUCCAAUAAGUCGGGCUAACAGAAAUGCCGCCUUAACCAAAAGCAAUGCUGAACUCCAACGCAGCACCAAUAUAUCACCAAUUGUACCAAGAAACAAGAGCAAUUUCUUUACAUCGACACCAACAAAGUCUUAUCAAAAUGCCGAGACUAUACCCACUGCCGAGAAUACACCAGCAAUGCAGCCCAGUUCUCGAUCGUUUCAGAAAGGCGAUGAAAAUAACCCAGAACGCUUGAAUACAUGCUCAGACCGUAUUGGUAAUAGCAAGACCACACUGAUGGACUUCAAGAAACUUCUUCUGGCCAAGUCAGUCAAGAAUACCCCAGUGAAGAAGCUAUCAGCUGUGGAAUUGUUGAAGAUGAAUAAGCGUGAAGCUGAAAAAGCCGAAGCUGCGGCAGCAGCUAAAGAUAAUAAAGCUUCUUCCACACAAUCUCUUAACUCAACUAUGACUUUGUUAGAUUUAAGUGGUUCUCCGAAAACUUUUGCCAAUCGCCGAAUGUUACGCCAGGGACAAUUUGGUUCACCUUCUAAAUCCUUCGCACCGAAACAGCGUUCGGCUCAAUGGCGAAUGAAUUCGAUGCGAACUGAUGUCAUAUCAACGACCAUUCCAGAGGCCAAUAGCGAAGAAGACCAUUCAAAUUCUAGCGGUGGCUCGAAUCACAGUGGUUCGAAACCUAGCUCAGAAGCUGGGGAUUCGAUUUAUGACCGUAAUGAACUCAUAUCAGAGGAGAAGAUGGAUCUUAAAAAGAACAUCUUUUUACAAACCGAAGAGAAUAACUUUAUGAAAGGUGAAUUAAAGAUUCCCUUUGGUAGAACCACACCACAAAUUGUUGGAAAAUACGUUAAGAAUGCACCGCAAUUGGUUGGCAAUAAACCAUUAGGAGUUUCUCCAUCUCCCAAUUAUACAAUUUCAUCCUUAUCUCCAGCCACCAACGCCGCCCAUACUGCCAAUCGAAAUUACAAUGCAAGUGAAUUGAUUUUAAAAAGCAAUAAUACAAAUGCUGCAUCACAAAAUAUUCAAAUUAUUGCAGCUAGUAUGAAUAAAGAAGCAACAACAACAACAAUUUCUCCAGCUUUGGAAACGGCUCUUUAAAAAAAAAAUUUUUUAAUUGUUUUUAAUAUAUUUAAAAUACGUAUAUAAUUAUGUAAUAAUACUAAUUUAUAUGUUAAAGUUUGCAUUUCUUAUUUUAUUUUUUAUUAUUAUUUUUGAAUUCAUUAUUUAUAUAUAAAAAUAGUACGUGUGUAACUUAGUUUAAAUUUAAUUAUUAAGUUUUUUAUAUAAAAUGCAACAAA